GUGAUCUGAAAGGAACAGAAACACUUAGCCUUGAACUUUUGUUCUGCUGCUGCUUCUUGUGCCUCCGAGUGAGGAAGCAGCAGAGACAAUAGCAAUAGACUCUAACAAUCAGCCGAAGUCUCCACUGGAAAAAUUUAUGGUCAGAUUGUGUACGCAUCACCAGAAGCAGUUCAUUCGUGUGCUAAACGACAUAUACACUGAAGUACAACCAGACUCUGACGGCCAGCAGUUGUCUGAAUCUGGGAGCAUGGAGGUCUCUACUUGUGGCUCUGGUUGUAGCCAGCAAAGCACUGAAAAUCAGGAUAAGGGUGCUACUUUUACUGAAUCAAAGCUCCCUUCUUCCUUGGACCCAGGACAGUCAGGGUCCGAUGGCCCCCUGCAUGUUACGGGACAAACCCUGAAGCAGCCGGCGGAACUGAAGUCUCUGGACAGAGCAGAGAACUCCAGUCCUCCUUUGAGAAGGGACUUCUGCGAGCUGCCCGUCACCAGGCUUUGCUCUGCUAGUCCAAAGGAUAGCUCCACCCAAGGAUACCUCAGCACGUUGAACUCUCCCUCUCUGAAUUUCCAUCAUACCGCAAAAAGCCUGGAAGGGCAGCAAGCUGCUGGACACGAGCAAGAAGCUGGUGUCAGAAAGUGUGAGGACAAUAAAGAGCCGCUAGCAGGUAAGACUCUUGUGGAAGGUUAUAUUUCAGUCAAAGUGGCAAAUGUGAAUGGCAGCGAGGACAGCUUAGACAGCUGUCUGGGGUCACAAAAGAGCUCUUUCAGGGCUCUGCCGGAAGAGUCUUGGGAUCCUGGCUUUGCAGUGACCCCCCCUCGCAGAGCCGACAAAGAGAACACUUUGCAAUGCAGCUCGAAAGCAUCUUUGCACCAGGACUUAGACGCAAAAGAACAAGAUGCGAGACCAAAGCAAGAAAACCACCUGCAUGCCAUGGCCAGGGGCAAGGCAGGCUGCCACCUGCACCCAGCUGACAAGGGCCCGCUCGACAAGUCCAAAGAGGGCUGGCUGCCCACUGGCGCCACACCAGCCGCCCACCGGACCCCCGGUGGGCACCCCCGCACCAAGGCAGCCUCCCUCAGGUCCACUCGGAAGAGCAAGAAGGCAUCGGGGUUGAGGAUCAACGACUACGACAACCAGUGCGAUGUGGUCUAUAUCAGCCAGCCCAUCACCGAGUGCCAUUUCGAGAGCCAGCGGUCGGUGUCAUCCCACAGGACAGCGAGGAAGAGCACGCGAGGGUAUUACUUCAACGGGGAGUGCUGCGAGCUCCCGACUGUCCGCACACUGGUUAAGAGCUCCCGGGCAGAGGAGAGGGCGAGCAGCCCGGCACUGCGAACAGAGACCCUCGUAAGUGCAAAGCCACCCCCGGUGCUCUCAGUGGGAGGGUCUGCAGGGGCAGGACGGGAAGGUGAGAAGAGGGUUUCCCUGAGGCUCCUGGCCAAAGUGGCACCAACCAGCCGAGAAACAAAGGAGAGAGCUGAGCUGGGCUCCAUGCAGCUCCGAGAUACCCGAGCGCUCCGGUCAAGGGAAGCUGCCAUGGCCAUGCCCUUCUUCUCCCUCUCUGCUCCACCCAGCCCCCAGAAAGAGGACAGAUUGGCUGGGUCACCGCCCCCUGGCUGCCCUCCUGCUGAAGGAGGGGGGAUGAGAGUGGGAGGCACUGUCACCUGUGAGGCUGUCAGCAGCCCGGGCUCCUCUGGGGAUGGCAGUGGCAGCAGGCAGGCUGCUGAUUUUGCUGCCAUUCCAGUCCCACAAGCACACAAUGGGGAGGAAUGUUGUCCAGGCUCUGACAUACAAACUGAUCCAGACCUUGCUGCCAGCCCAGAGCCAAAGUCCCCCUCACAGCCCUCUGCCACUACAGACACAGCGCCCUUGGCCCACAAUGGUGCCAGGGAUCCUGACCAGCUUCCAGGCUCAGGGGAUGCAGAGCUCUGUGAACAGUGCCUGACAGAGCCCUCCCCAUGCUCUCCAGGCUCACAGGCUCCUGAUGAGCCCCCUGCCACCAUGGAUGGGGAGAGUCCCCUGGAGUCCUCUGAAACCUUGCAGUGUGUAGAUGUGAACAAAAGCAUUGAUGCUAAACCAGAAGCUGAAUCAUCGGUCAUGACAGAUGAUGGCUCUCUUGAGCAAGAGGAUGCUGUGCUGGUCAGCACAGCCCUCCCCAAAAUCUUGGAAGAGGAGGCAGUGGAGAAUAACAGCACAGCAGGUGAAAAAGAGCCUGUUGAAGGGGAAAUGCCACCUGAUCCCAACAGCUCAGACACUGCAGGGAAAGACUCUGUCUCUUCCAAGGACAGUCUAGACAAGAAGCGAAAGAAAGGCAGGAGAGUACUUGUGGCAUCGGAUCGAUGUCUCCGAAGCCAGCAAUCCCAGUCACCUGCCGAGGGCAGUGCUGAGGACUCUGGUUCUUCCAGCUCUGUGCAGCUUCCUUGCCUUCAGAUCAAAUUCUCCAAGAGCCCUGGCGCCAAGCGGUUCAAGAGAGAAGUGGAGCUGGAUGAGGCAGCAUCCACACACUUCCCAAAUGACUGCUUCCCCAGUGUGCUGCUCAAAACUAGCGAGGGGCCAGGCACUGGCCAGGCUCUAGAGAGUAUCGCUGAGCAGCAGCCAGGCGAGGAGAAUGGUGUCACUACCAGACAAACCUAUAAAAGUAUCUUAGUGAAAGAGACUGCUGCAGAGGGAGAAAAUCCCUCUAAAGAUGACCCCUCUGCUAACAGCAGCCAAAGUCAACUGGAUGAGAUGCUGGAAAUCAGCGUCCAGCCUGAUUCUGAGACGAAAAACAUUCUCCUCCCUCCAGAGUACAGUGUUCCUGCAAAUGAUGCCAAGCAAGUGGAUGUGAAACCAGGCAAUGCCAGUGCAAAGGGCAAGGAGAGCUUCGACAGUGCCAGGGAUAUGGGCAAGCCAGUGAACUAUGAGCUGGUGACUGAUUCGCCUCCAUGUCCCAGCAGCAGAGGUGGAAACAAGCAUCUUCCAGCAAAAACUGCAAAGCAUAAAAAGGUUGCCCUGCAGUUUUAUAACUUACGACACACACCCGCACCUGCACCGGUAGACACUGCAAAAAAGAGCACACCAGGGAAGGAGUCUAUGCAAGUGAUCCCCAAACCAAGGGAUGAACACAGUUCAGGGAAUAAUGACUGCCCAGCACUGGAGGACAUAGACAUGGCUGACAGCAAACCAAAGUUCAUGGAGUGGUGUGCUGAAGAGGAGAACCAGGAGCUCAUUGCCGAGUUCAACACUCAGUACAUGAAAAUCCAGAAGGGCUGGAUUCAGCUGGAGAAGGAAGUGCAGCCAACCCCCAAAGUAAAGAACAAAGCUGACAAAUUGAAAGAGAUUUGGAAAAGCAAGAAAAGAACACGGAAAAGUAGAGGAUCACUAGAAGUGCAGAAGCUUUCUCCUGUCCAGAUGCUCUUUAUGAAGGCCUUUAAACUGUCUGACAUAUGCCAGUGGUUUCUGGAGACAACUGAAACCAGGUCUCUAGUGAUCGUGAAGAAACUCAACACCCGUCUCCCAGGGGAGAUCCCCCCCAUCAAAGUCCCCAUGCAGAAGUAUUCUGCCUCCAGUCUCUACCCCAGCUCACUGCAAGCUGAACGUUUGAAAAAACAUCUCAAGAAGUUCGCUGCCACUACCCCAGCUCGAAAUAACCUGAAGAACCAAAAGCUUUGGGCCAAAAUUCGUGAGAGCGUUGAUAAAGCAGAGGCUGAAGAAGCCACCACUCCCAACCAGACCUCUCCUACCGAUGCCAGUACCAAGGAGCUGAGCGAAGACAAAACCACUCAACCUGCCCUCAGCUUGCCCACGCAGGCAAGCACCAGGAUCCUGCGCAAGUACUCCAACCUGCGGGGCAAGCUGCGAGCCCAGCAGCGCAUGGUGAAGGCUGAGAAGCGGAUUGAUGGCCCAGGGGAUCAUCUGUCCCUGGAGAACAAGCAGAGCCGGAAGAGUGUGUGCAUCAACCCCCUGAUGUCUCCAAAGCUGGCCUUGCAGAUCAAAGCAGCCGCCUUUCCUGCUAAAUCUCCAUCAGUGGAUGGGACAGGGAAGGGGCGGAAGGGGAAGAGCAGGUCCCAAGAGGACCCCUUGCCCAAAGUCGACCUCCAGCUCAGCAAGAAGAAGAGGAUGCUGAAGGAGAGCGGGAGCACCCAGGAGAGAUCCAACUCUUCCACCAAGGACAAGCUGCCUGCCAAAAAGACGAGUAAAAUAAAGCAUUCAGAGGUCAGCACAAAAGCUCCUGCCACCCGAAAGCAGGCUGCCAUGGAGAAGAGCAAUAAACUGGCCAGAAAAAUGUCUUUCAAAGAGAAGAGAGUCCCGAAAAGGCAGCUGGAGAAGGUGCGGCUCCCUAUGCGGAAGGGCAAGGAGAACACCAGCAGACGGACCCUGCUACCCCCCAGCAAUGAGGAGCUGUCCAAGUCUCCAAAGCAGAAGCCCCUGGGGGAGUCCUCCACACGGUCACAGAAGAUGGCCAACAAGAAGCACAGCAGUGGGAAGACCCUGACAAGAUCCAUGAAGAAGAUGCAGGAGAACAAUGUGUCACAGGGCAAGAGGAAGCUGAGGGCAAAAGUGGACUGUUCGCACAGCAAACGCUCGCGACUGGACCCGAAGUAGCGAAGAACCGGUAGCCAUGUACAAAACUGAUGUAUAGUAGUAACCCUUUACCAUGCAUUAACUAAAGCUGCUUUUAUAAGCUGUAGCAAGCCUUUAAAAAUCCGCAGUUAAAGGAUAACGCCCAUGAUUUUAGACAUCAGCAGAUGUGUCUCGGACAGAGAAGAGGUCAGCCUGUCUGGCUCUACUGUUCAGAAGGAAGUUUCUGCAGUUUGAAAGUUCCUUGGGUUUUUUAAACUUGGAACCAGGCAGUUUUUGUUAAAAGUACAGUGCCUUAUUUAUCACUUUAAAAAUAAAAAUAAGAAGCUGGUCUGUGUGAUUUGGAGGCUUGCGUUUUAUACUUGAGGCACAAGCACUUGUACUGUAGCAGAAAGAAAACCACCUUCGUGCACGUGAAGUAGCUUUUGUCAGCUUUGGGUGCACACAAACAUUUCCCUUUCCUUCAGAGUCCUCCUUCUGUCUGUCUUUUUAGUGGCAUUUAAAGCAAAACCAAAACCAUUUCCCAUCACUGAAGGAGAGAAAGGCGAGUCUGUCCUUUGUUGGUUCGUUGGUAGCAGCUGCUGGUGUCCUGGACUGUUACCUGCAUAAGAGUGUGAAGUAGCUACUGGUGUGUGUGCUGCUGAUGACUGCCUGCUUCCCACUGCACAGCCUGUGGGGUAGGGUGGGCCUGCUCAGGCCAAGGAUGUGCUGUGGGGGCUCUGGGUACCAUGCUGCUGCAUGCACUGCUGCCAGUCGGGCAUGCUGGGCUGUAUCUGUCUUUAUUUCUUGCUGGCUUCAGGGAUGAACCAGUCCUGCCAUGCUCUGCUCUUGGACAGACCUCCUUCUCCCAUUUCCCUGCCCUCGUGGUGAUUUCUGUGGUCUCUGAUGGCAAAGCUGUUUCUGCAGCUCUUCACUGAAAGUUGAAGGGCUCCCUUUUUAAGGGCUUGAGCUCCUUCUGAUGUUGGUGCUCUGCAGGAGGGGAGUCCUGGCCCUCACCCUGUGCUUUUGUGCAUAUCUUGCCUAGUGCGCUCCUAAGCCAGGAUUUGCAGUUGGAAUAGGGUUGGGAUAAGGGACUGCCUUAAGUUUAUUUUUUACCAUAAUUUGCAUUUCAUCCUUUUACUAGCAAGGUGUGGGAGGUUUGUCCUUGCUUCCGUCUGGCUGUGGAGUCUGAAAGAGGCUGAAUCUCUACACUGUCCUGCAUGACACCUUUGCAAAGCUCCUCCUCAAGCCUCUGCAGCACAUUUAAAAGCCAGCUGGGGGUCUGCAGUGACAGAACAGGGUCACAGUGCCUGGCUCCUUUGAGAAAAACCUGUUAGAAGUACAUAGAGCAUGUGGCUCUGCUGGCUCUGCUGGCUCUGCUGGGCAGAGACGAUCAGUGGCUGGGAAGUGAGUGCUGUGGUCAGGAAAGGACCCUGCUCAGCCAUUGCGUUCCCAUGGCUUCACUUUCAUAUUCCUGCACAAAGUCCAUUUGCAGGAAUCCCAAUGCCAGCCCCUUCCCACACAGAAAGAGCAAUGCCUGGCAAGGCACCGUGCGGGCUCUGAGGUUGCCAGACCUUCAAUAGCUGCCUUGCUGGUCCUUGCUCAGCUGCUUGUCCCUGCUGAGAGCAAGGCUCUGGUGCAGGCCAUGAGUUCAAGAUGUGCCUGCCCUGGGAGCAGAGGCUGGAGAAGGUUUGGCUGCAAAGGGAAUUGCUUUUCAUGGUUGGCAUUGAACCCCAGAUCCCAAAGCCUGGGGGCUGGAGGUGAAAGGCAGAUAACUGUCUUUAAAUCUUUCAUUGUACCCAUUUAGUACAGAGAAUGAAACCAGGGGUUUGAGAUUUGCAUGCCCUUCAUAGAGCACCUCUAGCUCUCCUGCAGGUAUUCCCUUUCCCCAACAUUGAUGCACACAUUUUUGUGUGCUAUGGCACAUUUUUCUCUUACUGUGAAAUGUCUGAUUUAAAAAAAAAAAAUCCUUUGCCUUUCCUUUGAAUCGUGCUAGAAUAAGUUAACUCUCUGAACAGCUAGGAAGUGAUUAAAUCUAGCCUGUCAGUCCCUGUACAGAUUAAUAUGAAAUUAUCUAUUACUUUAAUUUUUACUGCAUGCAUUAAAUAUGUCAAACAUUCCAUCAGAAAAGAUUUAAAAGCAUUUCAGGAGAGGUGUGAGGCAAGAGGGCACUGAUGGCAGUUAAAUGACUGUUCUGUACCUUUCUUGUGGGUUGUCUUUCCCUCUUGCUUCUCCAUCCGUAUUUACGGUCCUCCUCUAACCCCUGGCUGGGGCAGCCUCUCUGCAGUCCCGUGGGCCUGGGAUUUCUUCUCCUUCCUCUGGGCCAGAUGUAUGUGUGAGCAGUCCUCUUACCUCUGCUCUUCAUGCCUUUCCUCUGCAGCAACCCCCCCUUUCCCCAUCCUUCACCAUCACUCCUGAAGCACCUGCACUGGUCACCAAGUGCUGAGUGCUCCUCGGGGCUUUUCCCCUCUCUUUCUCUCUUUCAUUUUUUAGCUGCUGGUAAAUGCAGGCUGUCCUGCUGUCUUCUGUUCUUCUGGGAGCAGGAACCUCAUUAGGAUAAAACCCUAGAGAAAGCAAGUGGAGAGAGGUUUUCUAGAUGGGGUGCUUCCCAGCCUCCCAGCUGCCUUCCUGCACUCUGGCUUUCUCCAGCACCAGUUGGCUCAAGUGUGGCAAGGCUGGGAGAUGGCAGGAGUGGAGCAGCAUCUGAGCAUCUCUGUCCCGGUUCAGUGAGUGCUUAGGCAGUGGUGGGAUCAGCACACUGAGCUUCCUGGCAGUGUCCCUGACAGGCAUUGGCUCCAAAGAUGAAUGGCAAGGACCUCUUGUGUGAAGGAAGCAGAGAUGCUAAAAGAAAAGCUAUAUUCCUCCCACACCUUUUAACUUCCAGUCUCAGUCUGUGGUCUUCUCUUGUAUUGCUUCGUUUUGACUUGGUUGGAUGGAGGUUUCCUGUACUGAAGGCAGGGAAUUGCAGGGCUCCAGAGGGGAGUGAGGUGGGUUUGGCCAUGCUGGGCAGCGUGCAGGCAAUGUGGUUUGAGACUCAGAAUGCCUGCAGCUUGUCCCAGGCUCUGAUCACCUUCAACCAGCAUCUCUGUCCCUCCCUGGGGAUUGCCAGAGACGUUUGGCAAGCCUUAGUUUUCCCACAUUAGAUCCAGUAUGUCCUGUGCAAAGAGCCUAACAGGAGCUGGGCUGAGCCUUGUAGGUGUAAAUCUGAAUUUCUGCACACUUCGAUGAGGAAAGGUAGAGGGUGUGGGGGUUUUUGUCAGGAUGGGGCUGAAAAGAGGGUUCUGUGCUGGGCUGUGAGUUGUUAAUCUUGUCUUCAGAAAGCAAAUGAAGAGAAAGCAAAUAAUUCUGAGGGUUUUUUCCAAAGAAACCCAUUUUUAAAUACAAUUGCCCCAGCCUGCUCCCUGGGACCAGCCUGGGGGCACCUGGCUUGGGUGGGAAGACACAGAGCAGCACCUUGGGCAUCUGCAGGGACAGGGUUUGCAAGAGGUGCUGAGCUGGGCUGUCCCAGGUGGUGAGAUGGUCUGGGAUUUUGUCACAAGGGACCCCUUGACCCCCUGCUCUACUGUCCUCAGGGCCUGUCCCUGGAACCACAGCCUCUGCAGGGCUCUCCCCAUCUGGACAAGUAAACCUUGCUCAGAACUGCUCUGUCUCUGCCUCCUCCUUUCCUCCAAACAACUCCACCUUAUUACAGUUUUGAGGAAAGCUGGAGUGAUUCUUCUCUACAUAGUGCUGUUUCUGAGAAGCUGGCAGAAGUGUUUCCUCCCACAGCUGCUGCACUGGGUGGUGGAUUUAACUCACGCAGGUAGUUUUUAGGGAGAGCUGGCUGGUUUGCCAAGGAAUGAGUAGGGUGAAGCCAUUGCCUGUGGCUGAGCUGUUGCAGGAAGCACUUGGGGCAUGACCUCUACAGCCCACCUUGAGGUGGGAAUAUUGCUACAUUUGUACAAGUUCUUGGAAUUAUGGAUUUGUGCAGUCCUUUGGGUUACCCCACAGGGGAGGAUGCCUCAGGGGUAAGGUGGGCCAGGGGCCUUUGUCAUCUCUAAAAAAGUGUUAAGGCUUUCUGCUCUGAGGAAGCCCCCAGCUCCUUGCCAGGCUUCUCUCCAUGCUGUCACUGCUCCUGGAGAUGCUGUCUUUGGGUCCUCUGCCUUUCCUGUGUGCAUUCUCCAUUUGACACCAGUAAUAGGAGUCAGGCCUUGCAGACUAAAAGACCUACUUUUAACAUGCUUUGCAGUUGAUUUUCUGAGUGCUUUAUUUUGGGGCAGGAAGAAGGAAUGCUGUAAUUUGCUAGAAAAUUGAAUUAGUAGCAAAUUAAAGGGUCUGCCUGUGAGGUGAUUGUCUGGCAAGGUAGCAUUGCCUGGGUAGCUCCAUUUUUUUAAUCAGCGCUAAGAAAUUUGAAUUUUUUCUCCUUUUCUUUUUUUCCCCAAUCAGUCCUCAUGUUGCAUUACUCUCUUGCCAAUAUACUUCUGUAUUUCCUCUCUUCAUGAAGCCACAUUUCAGCCAGAACAGUGCACAAGAGACACAGAAGUAAGCAGAGGUGAUACCACAUGUAUAUAACCUGUUGCUCUUGUUAAUGACAUGUGCUACUCAUUCCUGUUUGUCCUGCAGCGAGGUAAUGGCAAGGUGUGCUGCUGAGGCACAGCCCCUGCUUUAAAGCAGGCUGUUCCCAAUAAAGGCAGCUUUUAUGCCAUGCAAGGGAUGCACAGGGAGCUGCAGAUGAGCUUAAUGAAUGGAAGGAAAUAAGCAACACGAUUAUUGCCUUAUUCCACAUGGACAUGGAGUGUGUUUCCAUGUGCUAUGGUGCAGAGCUGCCCACUGGCACUACCACAGUGCCAUCCUCAGAUCCGCAGCCUCACUGCGCUCCUCGUCUCCUGCGCCACCCUACAGCUCCCUGUGUUUCUUCAGCUCUGGAUUUCAAGUGCUUCAUCCCACAAAACAGAUCUCUUCCAGUUACUUUGGCUGUCCUUGCUGGGCACUUUCUCAUGAUAUUCUUGAAACUAGUCUCCAUCAUGCACCCCAGUCCACAUAGCAGGUGCAGCAUCAUCUUAGCUCUGCACCUUCACUGUCCCUCUGCUGCGAGCCCCCCUCUCUCAUUUGCAUGCUUACCUUUUCCUCUCUCACUUUGUCAUCAGCAGCUCUGGGUCUUCACCCUUCAUAUGGUCAGGAUCUGUCUAUCUUAAUUGACCUCCAGGAGGAGCUCUGUUUGCCAAGCUCAGAGUCCAAACUUAUGUUGGGGGUUGAGUGCUGCAGUAAGAGCAGUUUGAGCCCAGGGUGGCCCUUACUACCUGUAGCUGUUAGGAUCUUGUCUAGGAAGGCUAGCCCUGGAAUGGGUUUCCCUGCUGACAGGGUGCAUGCAAGGUACCCAAGACACGCAUGUGUUUAUUUUCAUCACUGACUCGUCCCUGGCAAGGUCCUGUUUGCUGGUGUUUGCUGUGUGCAGUGGGAUUUCUGUAGUCAAUUGCCAGCACGUCAGUGAGACACAUUUGCAGCAAACCUCUGAAGAACCGUCCAGCCAGUGCUGAUGCUUCUAUGUUGCUGAUCAGUGUCCAUGAGCUGGGAGAGUGGGAUGAAAUUGUCACUGCUGCUCUCUGCAUCCCUGUCCCUCCUGUGCUGGGGGAGCCAUCCGGUGCUAGACUGAGUGGGCUGGUGGGCUGCCCAUGCUGCUUUUUGCUGACAUGCAAAUGAGCAAAGAUGCAGCCCAUCCCAUGUCCCAGCUGCUCUUGUGGCACCUCUGGAAAUGCUGGUGUUUCCGAAAGCUCUGCCAGCUCCUAGUAACCUCCCCGGAAAUAGACACGCAAUCAGAUGUACUGGUGCCCUGUUUUUAAAACUUGCUGAUGGACAUUUUCUCUCUCCAGCUCAUAUGCUUUCAGCCUGAUAACUGCAUUCCCAGUAGAAGAUGACUGAGAAAGCUAUGAUUCCCAACCUUCUGUAGGCACAGGCAGUUCCUGGAGCAGCAGGGAGGUGUGGGUGGCCGUCCAGGUUGGGCUCUCACCUUCCCACCAGCAGCAGUCAUGCUGGGAGAAGAUGGCUGAGCCCCAGCCAAGGUGUACUCGGGUCUGCAUCCUUGGGCUGUACGCCUGGACAGCCCAGGAGCAAGAUGGGGGUAGGCUUCCCCCUGCCAGGGAACACCACUGCAGCUUUUCUUGUAGUGGUAGUUUUUUUGAGCAAACCACAAGGCUACGAUGUCCCCACGUCGUGCACAUUCUCCCCCGUGUGUCGUAGUAUCCAUUUGGCCCAUCCUUUAGCUUGGUGGUUGUGAAAUGAAUCCAUCUGUUCUAAGAUGUUCUCAGGAGUUCUUGUUUGUAUUAAGCUCACCCCUAGGCUUAGCAGAAAUCACAGUCCCCAUCCUCCCUCCCUCCCUCUCCGCGGACAAGCCCUCUCCUUCACGAGCACUUCCACCCUCUCCCUGAAGGGCGGCAGAGGGCAGCUGGCGGUUUUGAUUCAGGGCACGUUGGCAGCUUUGGGGCAGCCGAAGGAGCUGGGAUGCAGCCGGCCGGCAUUUGUGACAUGGGUCUGGAGGCCAGGCGCUCCCACGGGCUGCACUGCUUGCCAAUGUUUUCUAAGUCUGUUUGUAAGAGUACCUAAUUUUAAAAUGAAAUGUGAAUAUAUAUUAUGUGUAGGUGCCAUGUAAGAUAGUGUUGUGCUAGGCGGCAGGAUGCUAACCUACUUUUUAAGAUUUUUGGGGACAGGAAAAAGCAUUUUUCUCUCACUUCAUGCUCACAGAUCUAAUAUUGUAAAUAGGUUUUUUAAAUAUUUAUUUCAUGGGCUUUCCACAGGUUCUUGUCCUGGCUGGUGUGUUGGUUGGUGGGGCUCUAUUGCCCGGCGUGCCGCAACCAAAGGGCUGGCGAUUGCGUGGGGGAUGGGAUGGGGUGGGACAGUGUCGGGGGGGGGGUGGGGGGGGUGGGUGGUGGUGGUGUUCCGUUUGGUUUUAUGUCACAUCAAAGUUGAAGCAUUAACUCUUCCUCUUCGUCUUGUUUUGAUGAUGUCAGGCCUGGCCAAUGGCCACGGUACCCAGGGAGGCAGCGAGCUCCCAUGGCUGGCUGGGAUGGCCGUUCCCCAGGGUGGGAGGCACUGCAAGCAAUAAGAUUUGUAGUAAUAAUGUCUGCUUUGAUGGCAGGGGCUCUCGGGGAUCAGGGCUGGGUGGGAAAACCCUGCUCCCGGCAGGGGCUCAGUCCAGCAUGGCAUGGAGGGGAUCUCUUUACCUGGGGAUGCCCAAGGAAGCGUCCCCAGGGAUGGAGGAGGUGGGGGCUGCUGUCACCCCCAAGGAACCCCCCUAAAACUGCCAGGGUAGAGCAGGUAGUUACUGAUAGCAAAUUCCUGCUAGUGAAUUACUGCAGCGAGCAGCUGCCUUUGCGGGUACGGGUGACCCAAGGGAGCACACCGCUGUCACCACUACAAACCCAGGGCUGGCUCGAGAAGGGCAUUUGCGUAUUUGCUUAUCAUUCUGCAAUUUUAAUUCUCUUCUAGGAGGUUUGAGGUCAUUUGGUUAUUUUUUUCCUAAAUGGAUUCGGAUUUUUCUUUUUUUUUUUUCUCUUAACCCCUUUUAUCCUGGUGUAGCUGACUCUGACCCCCAGUCCAGCUCUCUGUGAGGGGCAGCGGGGCAGUGUCAGCAGGAUCAGGGCUGCUUUUAUGGUGAUGGGUUUCUGACUUUGGGGGAUGGAGUGAGGAGUGCUGCUGGGUCCCAGCCCUGCAGGACUCCUCAUCAACCCCACGCUUCCUUCACCCUUGGAACAGGUGUGUGAAAAAAAGAAAAAAAAAAAAAGAAAAAAGGAAAUAACAACAGUAAUUUUUUUCUUAAGAUGCUCAACAUUUACAUAUUAUCUCCACCCUGAUGGCAAAUGUUUUUCCUUCAUCUGUGUCUGCUUUCCUGGGAGAGUUUUGUUUCUCUGUAUGUUUCUAUAUGAAUUUUAGACACUGAGCUGAAAUUCCUCCUGUCCGGUACUGUAUGUUUGAGCCUAAGCAAUGUGAACUGUACAGACCAGCAGUGGGAAGUGGGAGCCGGUGACUGCACCUGGGAGAGCCGUGGCUUGGGACGGCAUUCCCGGUUGCUGUAGGGAGCAGGAAGUACUGUGUCAUGAGUUGGGAAAAUGAACUGUCUGCUGUGAAUUCUUGGUUGGAAAUGUGGAGAGGAGUUUCCAUUAAAUAAUGUUUACAUACCUCACCUGAUGAACCUUUGAAAGUGUAUAUAUAAAAAAAAAAGAAAAUAAAAUUAUAUUAAGUUGCUUUAAAUCAAUAUGUAUAGCUAUAAGAGCUGGGUCAUUUGAACUUUGAAUAUGUAUCGACUCUCUAAAUGUUGACAUUUUGUGAACUCUGUGCUCCUGUCUUUUAUUUCAUUCUAGCCUAUGGAAAAAGUUGUGUUCUUGUUCCAGAUAAAAGGUCCCUGACUUAGAUCUGAACUCCUCAAGGAUUCCCACAACCUUGUUUUCUGUUGAUAUUCACCCUAUGAGCUUUCUAAAGGUCCGUAUUUUAUUGCAGCUUAUUAAAUGUUUCUUUGAUAUCA